AUGUUCGCCCUCAAUGACUCUCCCAGUUACAACUAUGGUGAAGAAGGUGACAAGCAAAUUGUGAAACAGGAUGCUCCCAGCUUUCUUAGGCUUUCCUGCAAUUUCUUUAAAUACUAUGAUAAGCGAAAAGACUCCAUCAUCGACAACAAGGAAGUAAAACAUUUCACAGAUUUGCUAAGAUACUUUUUUUGUUCAGUACCAGGCCUGCAGAUGAAACCUAACAAAGGUGAUGAUCUGGAUAGUCGAAUUUGUGCCACAAAGCUUGAGGACGCAGGAUUGAAAUUCAAAGUCGUAGGUAAAAAUGAUAGACGCUUACUGCUUGAUAUAAGAUUUGUUAUGAAUCCGUGCUUGAGAAACUUUCCAUGCUUCAAUUUGUCAUGGCUCUUGGCUUGUUUACCAUGCUUGAAAAAGACGUUUCCGAGGUUGGAGCGUAUGCAGCCUAUCUUGGAAAUCCCAGUCAUUGUCAUUGACGACAAUACUGAAGUUACUUUCCGAAACCUCAUCGCCCUGGAGCAGUGUCAUUAUCCAUUUCAACCUUACAUAUGCAAUUAUGCAGAACUAUUGGACUAUCUAAUCAACAGUGAAAAAGAUGUGGAUUUGCUCGUUGAGAAAAGGAUCAUUGAUAACUGUAUCGGUAGCAACGAAGCAGUGGCGAAACUAAUUAACAAACUUUGCCUUGAGAUUACGGUACCUCAAACCUGUUACUCCGAUUUAGGUAAAGAUAUUAAUACAUACAAUGAGAACCCUUGGAAUCGCAUCAUGGCAGGCAUGAAAAGCAAGUUUUUUUGUGAUUUUUGGAGAGGCGCGGCAACAACAUUUGCAAUUUUUGUCACGCUUGACCAGAUAUGGGGUUUGGUUCGACCUUUUGUGAUAAACAAAUAA